AUGGUUUGGAGUGGUAACGUCCUCAUGAGGUCGUCUAUUGGUACCGGUGCUCGGGAUCUCGAAUGGUCGAUGAAUUCCGAUGGACAAACAGGAGGCCGAUCCGGAUGGGCCUUGGCUCGACAUCACGUCUGUGUUCAUCGAUGGCGCACACCGUACAAACUCGGCAAGGAUGAAGUUUUGAUCAGCUCUGAGUUAUCCGUAAUUGAUAUCAUAUCUGCUAUUCGGAUUAUGGAUCACAGAAUGGAUAUGGGAAUGGGCUUGAGUCCACAGGACGAGCUGAAAUUCGAUCCCAAGCAAUCCCUCACUCCAACUGAAGUGAUCACCAUCUUGGAUCUUUCUCUGGCAUGCGAAUUUGCUUGGCACACUGGACAUGCGCUUUCACAAACAUUAUUAGUGUCAAGUUAUCUUCAACAUCUUGACUCCCUGGACAGUCACCCUCAAGACUUGGUCAGGAAAGUCAUGCGAGCUGCCUUGGUGGGUACAAUGAAGUGUUGUGCGAUCGUCUGGAAUGAAAUAGUCAAGGGUCAUCUGCAUGAGGUGUUGACCGAUUUGGACACCGCUCAUCGCGAAUUAGAUUCUUGCUUAGAUGACAUGAAAGGAUUUCGCGAAGCGCUCAUGGAACGUCUUCGAUUUCGAAUUUCUUCUUUCGAUCUCAACGCUAGUCGACAUAUGUCAUCUAAUGCACCUCCGAGACCUAUUCAGUUUUGUAGUACUUUUGAUGAAGUAAACGAAAGGUGGAUUGGUUUGAUUGAUGGGUUGAUUGAGGCAUUAGAUAUAGUUCAUGGCAAUUCUAUCUCAGAAUGGCUGUUUUAUCUUGGUACGAUUUCAAGGAAAAGAGAAACUGCUUUACCUUUGGUGCGGUCAACGCUAAUGUCCGUUUUUCAAGAGGGUAACACAAUUGCAUUCGACCCACAGAAGAAUUUACAAUGGCUCUCACGACAAUGUUUGUCCGAGUUUACAAACCAUCGUAUCACAAUCCAAUCUGAUGAACCGAAUACUCGAUAUAUUCUGAGUAGAUUAUCAGGAUUGCUUGUGAACCAUUUGACUAGCUUUAGUGCUAAUCGUCCUAGAGCUCGACGUAUACUUUGUAAUUCUUUGAAACAAUGGCUAUCCUUAUAUGAUGCGACAUUUAUAACGAGAAUGGAGAUCUCAGAAUCCGAAUUGAAAUCAUUGAGAGCUUUGAUUUAUUACUUUUCACUUAGGUCUAGCUUAUCUACAUUUCUAAUGGGAUUCGAUCUAGAACUCUUUAUGGGUGAAGAAGAACGUAUUUCGAUGUGGUGGAUGAUUAGAGGUCUGACCAGACGAGCUCAUAAGGUUUUAGAAUUCUUGGGAACUGAAAAUACAUUGGAAGCGCAGGUUGAACUUAUCUUGGGAGAUUUGGCUGAGGCUUCCAUUCAGCAACAGAUCUACUUGAUUAAAACUCGACCGGAAUCUAGGUCACUAGAUCAUACAAUGUCCAAUCAUCAAUCAAUCUUUGAAAGACGCCUGAAAUAUCACAAUGAUCCACAAGGUUCAUUUGCUCAUAAUCAAUUUGAUUUAGAGAUUGGAAUUGAGUUGUUAGAAGAUGAAUUUAGCUUUGAGAAUUAUUUAGCAUUUCGAGUGGAAGAACAAGUUGAAGUCUCUAUACUAGAGAUUAAGUCGAAGUUAUUAAAUAUUCAGAAUCAGAAUAGGAAACGUAAUCAACUUGGAGUUCGAGAAUUUGAAUUGUAUAUAAGAACAUUAUUAAAUGUUACUGAACGAUUGACUGACAUAGCUAGUCAUUUGAUCAAUGCAUUAAGGAUUGGUGAACCUUCAUCACUUGAACAUGAAGAAGAUAUGUCAGAUGAAGACUUGAAGGGCCAUUUAACUUCUAAUGGGUUAUUUCAAUUCAGUGGCAAUCAAGUAGGAUCUUUGAAGAAUUGUAUUUCUUUUAUACCCCAUGAUCGUCACAAUGAUAUCAUGAACUUGACCUAUGUGAAGCUUUAG